CAAACUUUGCUAGAAAAAAAUGGCUUUAAACUUUAAAAUCUUUGCACUAACUUUAAGCUUAGUUCUGUUUUACGUUUUAGCUUUGGCUAGUGGUCAGACCACAAUAACAACCACAACUAUAGGGGAAAAAAAUUAUCGUGUUGUUACCUAUGAGAAGGUAAAUUGGUAUCGUGCCUAUCAAUUAUGUGCCGUAGCUGGUAUGCAGUUGGCUUCCAUAGAAUCGGAAAGUGAAGCUAAAGCUUUAAGUGAAUUUCUUUUUGCAAAUUCACUACUUUUCAACAACUAUUGGUUGGCGGGCAAUAAUUUGGCUAAUCGUGGCGAAUAUGUAUGGCUUUCCAGCGGUAAUCGUUUAUCUUAUACCAAAUGGGCUGAUAAUCAACCGGGUACUUUGGCAAAUCGUUGUAUACGUACAAAUGCUGAACUAAAAUGGAUAACCGAGCCAUGUAGCAAUACAAAUUAUUAUAUAUGUUCUAGUCCAACUGUACCGGAUUGUCUAACCGGUGAAUGCAAAUUAGCUUUUGAAUGAUUUA